AUGGCAUCAUCACCUUCCUGCUUCUUUUCAGAUGCCAGAGGUCCGCCUCGAUGUCUCUCGCGCGACGAUUACAUUGAUUUGCGAAAUUCCCAGGACAAGCUGCUGAACGCUGAGUUCACGUCCAUCCACCAAUCCAUACAUCGCCUUGAAGCGAAGACCGACCGCCUCGAAGCCGAGAUGCGCCAGCUACAUGCUCACAGCCGAAACAAUGCGCUAAGGAAUCCCACCUUGCCAAUCCGCCCUGUCGUU